AUGUCAUUACAACAAGAUUACAUCAAUGCAGUGGAACCGAGAGUGACCUGUCCAAAUCAUCCGGAGGCUGUUCUGGUGGAAGAUUACAGAGCGGGGCACAUGAUCUGCUCCGAAUGUGGAUUAGUUGUCGGUGAUCGAGUUAUUGAUGUUGGCUCUGAAUGGAGAACUUUCAGCAAUGACAAAGCUACCAAAGAUCCAUCUCGAGUGGGAGACACCCAGAAUCCUCUUCUAAGCGGUGGAGACCUGAGUACAAUGAUUGGAAAGGGAACAGGUGCAGCAAGUUUUGAUGAGUUUGGGAAUAAUAAAUACCAGAACCGUAGGACAAUGAGCAGCUCGGACAGAGCCAUGAUGAAUGCGUUUAAGGAAAUUUCCACUAUGGCAGACAGAAUAAACCUCCCCCGUAAUAUUAUUGAUCGGACAAAUAAUUUAUUUAAACAAGUAUAUGAACAGAAAAGCUUGAAGGGUAGAAGUAACGACGCCAUAGCUUCUGCAUGUCUGUAUAUUGCCUGUAGACAAGAAGGUGUACCCCGGACAUUUAAAGAAAUCUGCGCUGUCUCAAGAAUCUCCAAGAAAGAAAUUGGCAGAUGUUUUAAGCUGAUCUUGAAAGCGCUGGAAACAAAUGUGGAUUUGAUUACGACGGGAGACUUCAUGUCCAGGUUCUGUUCAAACUUGGGUCUCACCAAACAAGUGCAGAUGGCAGCUACUUACAUUGCACGCAAAGCUGUGGAGCUGGUUCCUGGAAGAAGUCCCAUAUCCGUGGCAGCUGCUGCCAUUUACAUGGCUUCAUAAGCAUCUGCUGAAAAGAGAACACAGAAAGAAAUCGGUGACAUAGCCGGUGUAGCUGAUGUCACCAUCCGACAGUCCUACAGACUCAUCUACCCACGGGCUCCAGACUUGUUCCCUGCAGACUUCAAGUUUGACACACCCGUUGACAAGUUGCCGCAAUUAUAAACCAACCAUGUGCGGUUCUGGAAUAGUUGAGUUGUGUUGCAGUUUUUUUUCAAGGUGUUGCAGACACGUCAAGCACAAUUGGUGAAAUCUGCAGCAAGUCUGAAAAACAUUCCAAGCAUUUUCUAUAUGUAUAUAUCAUAGCAGGUUAAAUAUAGA